AUAUCGUUUUCUUGAAAUGAAAUUCUCUUAAUUAAAUGACUGUAGUUAGAUAAUUAUUUUGAAUAAAAUAUUUAAGGUUUUUUAAAGUGAUAAAUCAUUUGAAAUUAUUCUGUCAUAGAAUAUAAUAUUGUUAUAUGUCAAUAAUUUUCGUCAUUUACCAUCUGGAACAGGUUGAAGAAAAUAUAAUUUAAAUAGUUAUAAAUAAAUCAAAUUUUUGGACAGUCAUGAAAAUGGUGCUGUCACAAAGACAACGUGAAGAAUUAAAUAAAGCAAUUGCUGAUUAUCUAAGUAGCAAUAGUUAUCACAAUGCCUUGGAAGGUUUAAAAAAAGAUGCAGAUAUGCCUGGUGAAGUAGAAAAUAAAUAUGGUGGUUUACUUGAAAAAAAAUGGACAUCUGUAAUUAGACUGCAAAAGAAGGUAAGCGAGCUUGAAUCCAAACUUUCUGAGUAUGAAAAAGAAAUUAAUUCCGGAGCUCCAAAAAGAGCAUUGCGUUCUCCAAGUGAUUGGAUACCAAGAGCCCCUGAAACACACUGUUUAACUGGUCAUAGAGAGACUGUCAUCAAAGUUAUAUUUCAUCCUGUUUUUAAUAUUCUUGUGUCUGCAAGUGAAGACGCUACUAUAAAAAGUUGGGAUUAUGAGACUGGCGAGUAUGAGAGAACUUUAAAAGGUCAUACAGAAGCUAUUCAAGAUAUUGCAUUUGAUGAAAGUGGCAAACUAUUAGUUUCUUGUAGUGCUGAUAUGACCAUAAAACUUUGGGAUUUCAGUCAAACAUAUGAAUGUAUCCGUUCGAUGCAUGGUCAUGAACAUAGUGUGUCUGGAGUAUGUUUUCUUAAAGGAGGAGAUUUCAUAGUUUCUUCUUCAAGAGAUAAAACAAUUAAAAUGUGGGAAGUAAAUACAGGAUACUGUGUUAAAACAUUUACUGGUCAUCGUGAAUGGGUCAGAAAAGUCAAAGUUUCCCCCUGUGGUCAAUUUUUAGCUUCUUGUUCUAACGACCAUACUGUUAAAGUUUGGAUAAUUUCUGCUACUCAGUGUAAAGCUGAUUUACGAGGACAUGAACAUGUAGUUGAAUGUAUAGCUUGGGCACCAGCUGCGUCUUCAUCAGCAAUUAAUGAAGGAGCUGGAGUAGAUCAGAAAAAAAAUGGUUAUGAAGGUCCUUUUAUUAUAUCUGGAUCAAGAGAUAAAUCAAUUAAGAUGUGGGAUGUUGCAUCACGUUCAUGUUUAUUUACUAUGAUUGGACAUGAUAAUUGGGUGCGUGGUUUAGUUUUUCAUCCUGGUGGUAAAUAUAUUAUAUCAGCAAGCGAUGAUAAAACACUUAGAAUUUGGGAUUUGGCUAAUAAACGUAAUAUGAAAACACUAUUGGCUCAUGGACACUUUUGUACCACAGUUGAUUUCCAUAGAUCACAACCAUUUGUAAUAACAGGUAGUGUAGACAAGACAAUAAAAGUUUGGGACUGCCGUUAAUAUUUUUGUUUGGUCAACAAAUUUAUAUAAUGUUCAUUAUUCUUUGCUAAUUUUAAACAGUAUCUCCACAAUGAAGUUUUAAUUUUCUAGUCUAUCAUAGAAGUGUAGGUAGUUAAUUUCCCAAGUUUUAUUUGUAUAAAUGUAGCACUGCAUUUUUUAUUUAUAAAGAAACGCUCCAUUCUUUAUGUAUUGUAGGUAUGUGUAAUUUUUCUCAUUACUAGUUUUUAAUAAAGUUAUAGGUUAAAAAUAAAAUAUUAUUUUAUUUGAAUACUUGCUUUUCGUUUAUGACGAUGUAUAAUUUUGUUAGAAUACUCUUAUUUUAAUUAAGCAUUUUAAAUUAUAAUUAUUUUUUGUA